GCGUUCCUCCCCGCUCUUUCUAGUUGUCCACACUCCCAUCUUUUUCACCAUCUCUCCCAUCCAUCCACCGAUCCCCAGCCCCUUGGGCCUCCCUCUCCGGACCUUCCCUACUCAAGGAAUGAGCAAUAGGAAGAAAUAACAGAGGGUUGUGCUAAGAUGGAAGAUGAGAAUCCGGACCUGUCGGGUUUCGAGUUCUUCAGGGUCAUCCUCGAAAACACCUGGGAGAAACAGAGGAUGCCGGACGAGUUCGCGGCCGCGCUGGACGGCCGCGAGCCGCAGGAACUGAAGCUGCGGGAGGCCGGCGGAGGCCGGCUGUGGGCCGUCGAUGUGGUCUUCGACGGCGACGGCCACAUGUACCUCACCCGCGGCUGGGCGCAGUUCGCGCGCGCCCACGGGUUGGGCCUCGGCAGCUUCCUCGUCUUCACCUACGACGGCGGCUCCACGCUCUCCGUCAGCGUCUUCGGCGUCACCACGUGCCGCAAGCGCUUCCAGCGGAAGAAGGAAGACACGGAUCAGGAAGACGACGCCGGCUUCGGCUUCGAUUCGCCCCCUCUUUCUUCGUCGCCGUCGGGUAGCGGAAGCAGAAGCAAGAGCAGCGGCGGCGCAGGGUACGAGGAGGGCGGCAGCGAGAUGGACGGCGCCGAGGACGACGACGACGUGUCCAAGUCGCGGUUCAGCGUGAUGCUGCGGCAGUGCCACUUCGGGUUGCGGCAGAAGCAGUACCUGAACGUGCCGGUGGAGUUCCAGGUGGCGCAGGGGUACGCGGGGAGGAGCAAGGUGGAGCUGCGGAUGCGGGGGAAGGCGUGGAGCGUGAAGCUGAAGCAGGGCGUCUGCCCCAAGAGGCAGCCCCGCACGUCGCUCAGGUACGGGUGGCACCAGUUCUGCGUCGACAACCGCCUCGCCGUCGGGGACACCUGCUUCUUCCGGGUCCUGCACCCCGACCAAGAAGAAGACGAAGACGACGGCGACGGCGACGGCGAAGAGCGACACGUGCUCAAGGUGGAGGUGCGCCGGCGAGACGGCUCCUUCGUCAAGUGAUAUGCGCUGCUGCUACUGCCUUUGCUUUCAGAGUGGAGUUGUUGGUUCUUCAGUGAGCUUUCCGGUGAUUAGCUUAAUAGCAUCUGGUCAGUGAGCCUUCGGUUGAUCCGUGUUGAGCUUAAUAACAUCUGUUAAGUCUAAAUUAUGCAGCCUAUGAUGGUAUUGCAGAGCAGAGUAUCUAGGGUGUCUUUCAUUGAACCUGACUGUGUGUUCCCUUCCCGGUGUGCGAAUAAUGGAACACUGUUCAAGUGACCUAUGACGGUCUAAAUUAUUGGCA